AUGUCACCACCAGCUAGCUCAGGAAAACAAAAGGAGUCAGGACUUGCUCGUUUAUUAGGUUCUGGAACUUCAGGAAUAUUAGAAUUAUUUAUAUUUCAUCCUGUUGAUACUAUUGCAAAACGUUUAAUGACUAAUCAACAAAAAGUUUUUGUACCUGGUGCACCAUUAUCCCAGAGUUUUAAUAAUUUAGGGGAAGCCAUAUUUAAAGAUAAGCAUUCUGCAACUUUUUUCCGUAAAUACACAUCAUUAUUUCCAGGGCUAGGUUAUGCAGGUGGAUACAAAGUACUUCAAAGGAUCUAUAAAUAUGGUGGUCAACCAUAUGUAAAAGAUUAUAUCAACAAAAAUCAUAAAGAUGCAUUCUAUAAAUUAUUUGGUGAAAAAAGUGGUAAGACUAUAAUACAUGCCACUGCUGGAAGUUUAAUUGGCAUUGGAGAAGUGGCACUUUUACCAUUGGAUGUAUUGAAAAUUAAACGUCAAACAAAUCCUGAUACAUUAAAAAAUAGAAAUAUUUUCAAAAUUUUUUGGGAUGAAGGGUUUGGACUUUAUAGAGGUGGUCUUUGGACAGCAGCACGUAAUGCACCAGGAAGUUUUGCAUUAUUUGGUGGAUCAGCUUUUGUUAAAGAAUAUUUGUUUGGAUUAAAAGAUUACUCUAAAGCAACAUUUCUUCAAAAUUUCUGUGCAUCAAUUGGUGGUGCUAUAGCUUCUAUCAGUGUGGCUCAACCACUUGAUGUAGUUAAAACACGUAUCCAAAAUAGACCUUUUGAUUCACCUGAAACUGGGACACAAAUUAUUCGCAAAAUGAUACUCAAAGAAGGCGAAAAGAAAUUAGCAAAAGUUAUUUGUCCUGAUAAAUGGAAAGAAGGCUCAAGAAAUGUUAAUGUUGGAACGGAUAGAAAAUUAAAUGAAAAUAAAUUGUUAUCUAAACCAGGAAAAAAUAGGUUUAAACCAUAUGAAAAUAAAUGUAAAGUUUGUAAGUCAAGAGUGCAUCAAGAACAUGCGCAUUAUUGUCAAGGAUGUGCUUAUAAACAAGGAAUAUGUGCAAUGUGUGGUAAACAAAUCCUUGAUACGUCGAUUGGCUAG